CACAUUUUUCGUACAGAAAUCAUCAACGCCACCUCCCCCACGAUAGAAGCAGAAAACCUCGGGCCGUUCCGCAGACAGCUCCGCAGCUGUCCAGAAUGGCCGAUAUUCCUUCCAAGUCGUCUUCGGACCCUUCAGCGGACAUGCGUGUCGCCCCACUGCUCCCUGGCAAUACGGCCGUGGAUGAUGAUGAUGGCUUCCACAACGACCACCAGGACCACUUGGACAUGCAGCGUUUGGGCAAGAAGCAACAGUUCAAGCGGAAUUUCUCACUGUGGUCUUCCAUUGGCUUCGUGGCCAUCUACAUGGCGACAUGGGAAUUUGUCCUGAUUUCGCUGGCCCCAGGCUUCACCAAUGGCGGCUACGCGGGCGUGUUUUGGUGCUUCGUCGCAACAACCACAGCGUACUCGGCCGUCGUCGCGAGCCUGGCUGAGAUGGCUUCCAUGGCCCCAACUUCCGGUGGACAGUAUCAUUGGGUCAGCGAGUUUUCGCCUCCCAGCUACCAGAAAAUCCUCUCCUACGCCUCUGGCUGGAUGACAACCUUGGGAUGGCUCGCGAGUUUCGCCAGCAGUUGCUACACUAUGGCAUACCAAGUCCAGGCCUGCAUCAACGUUACCAUGCCUGAUUUUGCCUUCACAACCUGGCAAAUCGCCCUCCUCAUGUGGGCCGUCAUCGUCGUUACCAUUGCCUUCAACACCUGGGGCACUGCCUUCUUCCCACAACUGGAAACAGCCAGUUUGAUCGGUCAUGUCCUUGGAUUCUUUGUCGUAAUGAUACCUCUGUGGGUGCUUUGCGACAAGAAUUCGGCACAUGAUGUGUUUUUGCAAUUUACGGACCAGAGCGGGUGGAAUAACAUGGGGUUUGCUUACAUUUCGUCACAAAUCUACGUCCUUUGGUGUUGCUUCGGCUCAGACAGUAUCGUUCAUCUGGCAGAGGAGGUCAAGAACGCGUCGAUUGUCGUGCCGCAGGCGAUUUGGUGGUCGUACGUGGGCAAUGUCUUUUUCGGCUUCAUCAUGCUCAUCACCAUGCUUUUCUGCAUUGGCCCGCUCGACACAGUCAUCGAAUCGGAUUGGCCUUUCAUCACCUUGUUCGACCGAACCGGAUCCCAAGGUCUCAACCUGUUCUUCAACGUCAUCUUGUGGCUCUUGGUCUAUCUUGGAAACAUCACCACACUUGCAACUUGCGCUCGCGAGACGUGGGCAUUCGCGAGGGACCGAGGACUUCCAGGGUCGCAUUGGAUCGGCCAUGUGGACAAGAAGUGGCACCUGCCUUUUCACGCAGUCUAUCUCAUGUCCAUUGGCGCUGCCCUUCUCAGUCUUAUUCAAAUCGGGUCCGAUGUCGCCUUCACCGUUCUCGUGUCACUUUCGACGCUAGGAAUCAUGAGCACGUAUCUCCUCAGUAUUGGCUGCGUACUGCUCAAGCGUAUCAAAGGCGAGAAGCUGCCUUUCGCUCGGUGGAGCCUGGGCCGCUUCGGGCUGGCAAUUAAUGCGUUCUCUGUGCUCUACAGCUUGUUCAUCGUUAUUAUUUGUUGCUUCCCUCCGAAUCUGCCCGUCGACACGGCUUCCGCGAAUUGGGCGCCCUUGAUAUGGGUCGGUGUGAUGAUUAUUGCCGUGAUUGCCUAUGUGACGCAUGGCAGGAAGGCAUAUACUCCGCCAGUCUCGUUCGUUGAGGGAGUCAAGUUACAGGGUGUGGGCUUACAACAGUCGUCUUAGCAAAAAUCAGUUUGUAUUAGUAGUUAAAAUUCAUAGAGAGAAUACCAAUAGAAUCCGUCGUCAUCAGGACUCAAAUCGGUACGGGAUUGUUGCUUUCAAU